UGAAUCUAUAAAAAAUCAAAUAAAAUUUAUUUAUUUAUUUAAUUUAUUUAAUCAAAAACUUAGGAAUCAUAACAAGUUCUCAAACAAAAACAACGAAAGUAGUUGAUUGUUUUUCGUAAAUUUCAAGUUUUAAAUACCUCCCGCCUGCAGUAUUUUUUGGUGUGAACGGAAAAAUUAUGUAAUUGAAAAAGCUAUGCAUUCAGGAAAAGUACAAUUCAAACCAGUAAGCAGUAAAUCGCACCAACCCAUCGAGUGUCGCUUCUGUCGGACCACGGCGACCAAUGUAAGUGUGGAUCUGUUCCAGCAUGGCCUCGCUCAAAAGGCGGAGAAGUGCUUCUAUCUUUCGAUUGAUCCAACCGAUCCACUGCCCAAGAAGAUCUGCCACCAGUGUAAAGCUUCUCUCUGCGCAGCGUAUGCCUUUGGGGAGAAGGCCCGGCUUGUGGAGAAGGAACUGAAACUGAAAUACGGGGAAGCCACGGACGAGGAUUUCUUGAAUGUCGAAUACCUCCAGGACGAGGUCCCAUUUGAGUACCUAACGUACGAAUCGGAUCCGGUUGGAUUAGCACUGGAGAAACUGAAGGACACUGCAAUAGUUAUUAAGAAAGUUCCACCCAAAGAAGUUCCGAUUGAGCGAUUGCAGGAAUCGAAGCGAAUGGAUGGGAGUCCAGAUAGCGAUGAAGAUUGUGAUAAGGGAGAACCGGCAAGAAAGUACAGAAAAUUCGAGGGGGAAAUCGUUAUCAACCUGACUGGACCUGUGCCUUGCAUUUGCAUGUGCUGUUCAAAAACGUUUUCCUCCAAGGAAGAACUCUUGAAGCAUAAGGAUGUAUGCGGUGAGGACAGUUACAUUUGCCGAAAGUGCUGUACAAUUUGUGACAGCCUGGCGGCCCUGAAGAAGCACCAGCAGACGCACUACGAUUACAAGUACAAGCACAAAUGCCCAUCAUGCGAGCAAAUCUUCAGGAACACCUUCGCCUUGGACAAUCACCGAUCGAAGGAUCACGGCGAGGACAUUGAAGAGCGAGGAUAUGUUUACCGGUGCUGCGAUAAAGAGUUCCGCACCAGGAAAGCACUCCACGAGCAUGCCGAAAUACACGCAGAGCCACCGCUUGAAUGCGCCGUUUGUGGUAUCAAGUCCAAGAAUAAGCACACCCUGAGGCUGCACCUCCGGAUACACGAAGACUAUCGGCCGUACGUUUGCCAGGACUGCGGGAUGGCCUUCAGAAAGAAGAAUAUGCUUUUCCAACAUUCGCAAAUGCACGCUGGAGUGCAGCUUCUCAGGUGUGAUUACUGUCCGAAGCAGUUUGGUAAGAAGGAGUCGUUGAAGAACCACUGCCAGCGGUAUCACCCGAGUGAAUCGAUGGACUUUAAAGGCCUUAAACUGGGACAGACCCGGAAAAGGAUAGCGCAGGAUCAUUCGUACCAAGGUGAGGUCGGAAGGGAGGAAGAGGUCAAAACGGUUGAAUAAUGAAUGAUCGUCAAACAAAGUUUGAAUGUUUGAAAGUA